AUGACGAAACAUUUCGAAUGCCAAUUCGCUAGUUGUGGCAAUCGAUGCAAUCAAAACCAUGGUAGUGUUGGUGAUUGUCAUCUUCUCCGUCGCCAUAUUUACGUCCGUGAUCGUAGUUAUGGUGUUUAUGAUGUUCGUCGUGAUCCUGCUGUUCCUGACGGUGGUUUUGGUGUUAUUGAUCGUGAUGGUCUUAUUGUUAAUGAUGUCAUUGAUGGCCAUACUGGUAGUAGUAAUGAUCCCCGUCAUCCUACUGAAGAUGGUCGUGAUCCUAAGUCUGUUUCUCGUGUUGCUAUUGAUGCUGGUCGUGAUCCUAAGUCUGUUUCUCGUGUUGCUAUUGAUGCUGGUCUUGCUCGUUGUCAGUGCGAAGAGUGUGGUCGUCGUUUUGACCUUCGUCGUAAAGGUCUUGAAGAUGGUGAUGGCCUUCAUCGUACUGAUCGUCUAUAUGAAUGUCGUAAAUGCAGCCAUCGUUUUUGUUAUGGAUGCUGCUUUAAAUGA